AUGACCGACAAGGGUCGCUCCCGUGUAUACUUUGACAUUGAAAUCGAUGGUAAAAAAGAGGGUCGCAUCGUUCUAGAACUGUUUAACGAUGUGGUCCCCAAAACCGCGGAGAACUUCCGUGCUCUCUGUACUGGCGAAAAGGGCGUUGGAAAGCAGGGCAAACCCCUCAGCUUCAAGGGCUCGAUUUUCCACCGUGUUAUCAAGAAUUUCAUGAUCCAGGGAGGUGACUUUACAGCUUUCAACGGUACCGGCGGCGAAUCCAUCUACGGCGAGAAAUUCGAGGACGAGAAUUUUGAGCUCAAGCAUGACCGACCAUUCCUCCUAUCCAUGGCCAACUCUGGCCCUGCUACUAACGGCAGUCAGUUCUUCAUCACUACAGUCGAGACCCCGCACUUGGACGGCAAGCACGUUGUCUUUGGAGAGGUCAUCAAUGGAAAGAGCUUGGUUCGCAAGAUUGAAAACAUGCCCACACAAGCCGACAAGCCGAUUAAGGAUGUCGUCAUCGCCGACUGUGGUGAAUUAAAGGGUGGAGAAUACGAAAACGCCGAUAAGAAGGCCAUCGAUGCCACCGGCGACCCAUACGAAGACUACCCUGCAGACCACGAUGCUGAAUUGACAGCCCCCUCAGUCUUCGAAAUCGCUACUAAGCUCAAAGAGCUCGGCAAUACCGCUUUCAAGGCUGGCCAAACGUUCCUCGGAUUGGAAAAGUACCAAAAGGGUAUCCGAUACAUGAACGAAGUACCCAACGCAGACGAAAAAGAUCCUAAAGAACUUGAGGGACAAAUGAAAGCCCUGCGAUUCACACUCCACUCCAACUCUGCUCUGCUCGCGAACAAGCUUAAACACUGGAAGGACGGAAAGACCUGGGCUGGUUACGCAUUAGAGACCGCCGAUGCAGCCAAUGCGAAGGAUGCAGACCGCGCAAAGGCUUACUAUCGCCGUGCCGUCGCCGAGGUUGGUUUGAAGGAGGAGGAUGCCGCUAUCAAGGACCUUGAGGCGGCAUUGAAGCUUGCUCCUGGUGAUGCUGCUAUUAGCAAUGAGAUUGUUAGAGUUAAGAAGAUUAUUGCGGAGGCUAUCAAGAAGGAGAAAGAGGCUGCUCGGAAAUUCUUCUCGUAG